AUGAAAAUGGCGGCUCUGUGUUGUGACUUCGGGGACUUGGUCCAAAUAAAAAAACAGCUAAUAUCUGUCAUAUCGCUGUGUAAAGAAAGAGGACUUUUACAUAGCGCCAAAUGGGCUUCUGAAUUGGCGUUUGCUUUGGGACCCCUUCCCAAAGAUGAUUUACCCCCAGCAGCCGCCUUCACGGAGGAAGAUGCUCAAGACCUGGAUGUACUGACGCUGGCCAAAUCGUAUUUUGACCUGAAGGAGUACGACCGUGCUGCCUACUUUCUGAAAGGCUGCUGCAGUCAGAAGGCUUAUUUCCUCUAUAUGUAUUCACGUUAUCUGUCAGGAGAGAAAAAGAAAGAUGACGAGACGGUAGACAGCUUGGGUCCUCUGGAAAAAGGUCAAGUGCGCAAUGAAGCUUUACGAGAACUAAGAGUUGAGCUCAGUAAGAAGCACUCUGCAGGAGAGCUGGACAGCUUCACACUCUAUCUGUAUGGGGUGGUUCUACGAAAGCUUGAUCUGCUGAAAGAGGCGGUGAAAGUGUUUGUUGAGGCGAUUCAUGCACUUCCUCUUCACUGGGGAGCAUGGCUGGAGCUCAGUAACCUUGUCACAAAUAUAGAAAUGCUGAAGUCUCUGUCUCUGCCGGACUGCUGGAUUAAAGACUUCUUCAUGGCCCACAUGUACACGGAGCUGCAGAUGAUCACAGAGGCGUUGCAGAAAUACCAGAACCUCAUCGACGCGGGCUUUUCCAAGAGCACAUACAUCAUCUCGCAGGUUGCUGUGGCCUACCAUAACUUCAGAGAUAUUGACCAAGCUUUGACGCUGUUCAAUGAGCUGAGGGAGCAGGAUCCAUAUCGCAUCGACAACAUGGACACGUUUUCUAACCUGCUUUAUGUCAGAAGUAUGAAACCAGAACUGAGUUACCUGGCCCACAACCUGGUGGAGAUUGACAAGUACAGAGUGGAGACGUGCUGUGUUAUUGGUAACUACUACAGCUUACGCUCUCAGCAUGAGAAAGCAGCCCUCUACUUCCAGCGGGCCCUGAAACUGAACCCUCGCUGUCUGGGAGCCUGGACCCUCAUGGGCCACGAGUACAUGGAAAUGAAGAACACUUCAGCUGCCAUUCAGGCCUACAGGCAUGCCAUUGAAGUGAACAAGCGGGACUAUCGGGCCUGGUAUGGCCUGGGUCAGACGUACGAGAUCCUCAAGAUGCCCUUUUACUGUUUAUACUAUUAUAGAAAGGCUCACCAGCUAAGGCCCAAUGAUUCACGCAUGUUGGUUGCGCUGGGAGAAAGCUAUGAAAAACUAUCGCAGCAAGUGGAAGCCAAGAAGUGUUACUGGAGGGCGUACUCUGUGGGGGAUGUAGAAAAGAUGGCUCUACUCAAAUUAGCAAAGCUCCACGAGCAGCUGAACGAGUCGGACGAUGCUGCGCAGUGUUACAUGCUUUAUAUCCAAGACAUUUUCUCGUGCGGGGAGCAACUGGAGCACGCUGAGGUGAGCACAGCCCUGCGGUACCUGGGGCAGUACUAUUUCAAGAGCAAGCUCUACGACGAGGCGUCCAUUUGCGCCCAGCGCUGUUGUGACUACAACGAUGCUCGAGAAGAGGGGAAGGCUCUGCUGAGGCAGAUCUCACAGGUCAGAGAUCAGGUGGAGACUCCGUCUGCAGAUCUGUUUGCACCGCUCUCAAACAACAACACGCCCGUCAGGAGGGUGUCCCCUCUGAACCUGAUCUCCUUCACUCCGUGACGCCCACUGGUCUGCAGAUGGACUUUUUGGGAACUCUCAUGUAGACUAUCUGACUUUGGACGAAAACAUUC